AGAAGAAAGCUAACAAGUUUAUUUUAAUUUAAUCACCAAGUUUCAGUGAUACUAUAUGUCAACAAUGGUCGUCGUUUUGCAGAGUGUAAUCUUCAUAGCCUUUUUCAUAACUAUCAGUGGAUUAAAAAUUGACAUUAACAGAGAAUAUUUUUACCACGGCAAGAAUUUAUUUUGUGGACAACUCCAAUGUACAGAAAACAUAAGAGAAGACACUCAGAUAUCAGCUCUUGUCAACAUGUCAGUCUAUAGGAUCAGUGAACCAGAAGGGAAGAUUUUGGUGGCGUCUAUUGCUGAAUCAGAUUCAAAGCUUCAAGAUUACAAAAGGGCUGGAACAAGAGUAGAUGGGAAAAUAUCGAAAAAGUUUUCUGAAUUGGAAGUUUUUUUAUCAAAUAGUUCAGACUGCAAUGAUUGCAUUUUCCUAUGUGAAAUACAUUAUGUGAAUACAACAGGAUCUAUUAAUAGAAUUGGGAAACAGACGGAGAGUUUACCAAGAAAAUCCCGUGACACAUUUCUAAUAAUGAACCUGAAAGCUAAAACUUCUGACUAUGUUAAAUCUGUUGACAAAAUGGCCGAUUUUCUCAAAUCGUUUGAAGACUCAGACAGACUGAAAGGUGCAGACAUGACAAUGUCAUUACAGACGUCACAUUCUGGUAGUAAUAAAUUCAGCACAGAGACAAGUUUUGGUCAAACUGAUACAGAGCUAAUUAACAGUUAUAAACAGAUCAGUUCUUCUACAUUUGAGGACAUGGUGGAUGAUAAGAUAAACAAUUUAACUCGUGAUGUAAACAAAACAUUACAUAUAAUGGAAAACAAACUGAGUUUGAAGACAGAGUUAAACAAAAAUAUUUUAGGUCUUUUAAACGAAUCAAUGCAAACAAUGUUAGCCAACACACAGAACCAAACAGAGCAGCUCAGUGUCAGAUUAAAUGAGAUGGAAAUAAACAUAAAGAAAAGUAUCACACAAGAGAAUAUUAAUACAACAAUAAACUUGGUAGCCGGUCUCAACAAAACUCUACAAAGUUUUAUAGACGAGUACUACAAAAAUCCUAUGAACCUAAAAUUAACAAAACAGUGUGUCAGGAACGAUAACUCAAGUCUCCCAGAACAAGUGGCUUUUAAACUAGAUGAAAGGAAACUUGCCUUGUGUGAUACAAAAACUGAUGGCGGGGGAUGGAUUAUUAUACAGAGACGUGUGUCGGGUGACGUAAAUUUCACCAGAAACUGGAGCGACUACAAAAAUGGUUUUGGAUCUUUGGAUGGAGAUUAUUGGCUGGGAAAUGACUGGAUCUCAAGCCUCACACAAAAGGGCUACAGUGAACUGAGGUUUGACAUGAAAUAUAAAGGUAAAUCCUACUACGCCGUGUACAGUGAUGUGUCGGUGGGAAAUGAAGCAGAUUUGUAUAGGAUAAAGUUUACAUACAAGACAGGCAACACUACAGACAGCUUUAGUUAUCACAAUGGAAUGGCUUUUUCUACUUUAGAUAGAGACACUGUUAGAUCGUCUAGUAACUGUGCUGACAGUUAUAAAGGCGGCUGGUGGUAUAACGCAUGUCAUAAUGUGAACGUAAACGGUGUAUGGGCGAGUAAAGAUCAUGGUGAAGGCAUUAACUGGGGCGGUAUAACAGGCUACAAAGAUUCUCUGGAGCACGUGGAGAUGAAGCUACGACGGCCGUGAUCAUAAAAAAAAUCACGAAAACAGAACCUUGUGUUAACACUGACUGGUGCAUGAUAAAUUUACAAUAUGUCGCCAAAUUUAUUAACAAUGUUCACAUGUAUAUAGAUGUAAUUUUAUUUUUACUAUAAAAACUAUUGUUCAGCGUUUAAGUUGAAAUGAAACAAUCAACAAAACUGCUUUCCUCUAACAUAUAACGCUCUGUCUAUUGCUAACUGAAUUUCUCUGUUG